AGACUAAUCCCCUACGGACCUGUGAAGACAAACUUAGCCUCUUAUAUAGUGGCCAAGCCGAUAAGAUAAUCAACCAAAUCACCACAGAACGACUGAUAGUAGUUGAAAACAAUGCGAAAGUCUUCGCAGUUACUCUGAUAAAGAGAGUCAACGUAUGUAAUAUGGAAUUAUGGCAAACGGAACAUCCUCGUAUAAUAGUUGCGGAAGAAACCUCACAAUAUUUUAAUCUCAAACCAAAAGUUGAUAUACUCCCGCACAAUGCCGAUCUAAUGGCUUACGUAAACAGUAAGUUUCUAUACGUGGAACAAGCCUACAAUCGAAAGAUCGAUCAACUAUAUACCGACACUGCUCAUAGGAGAUGUCUAACACAGCGAGAAAUUUUACGCACCAGGCUGUUACUGGCACCUUUGGCGCCCAGUACCCUGAGCCAACUCGUUAAGGAGAAUGGAGGCUAUAUAGGAAGGGUAUUAGGAGAAAUCUUAUACAUUAUGAGAUGUAUACCCAGGACCGUAGAAAUCUACAGGACCAAUAAAUGCUAUAAUGAAUUACCCAUAGUGGUAAAUAACCGAACCAAGUUUAUGGCACCGGUUACUAGGAUUAUACAAGAACAUGCCGAAGAGGUAGAUUGCAAUGGGUUGAUGCCACCCUUGUAUUUCAUUGACGACCAAUGGAUUGGAUUAACUCCAUACCCCAUAGAAAAACACGCUCCAGAAGAGCUUUCCCCAGAAGUAGAAACUAAACUCAAUUUCUACCCGAUACAACCUGUUGGAGCGUUAGGAAUUUACACCCAGGAGGAGAUUAAGAGUGCCCAACGCAUAAUCGCUUUCGGAAAUGAACGAAAAGCGGUGGAGAAUAUUAUAGUGAGACGAGUAGCAGGCCUGGAAACCACAGGACAAGGAUUUUCCACAGUAAAUCUAUUUGAUAUAGAGGAAAUGGAGAAAUUAGCCCAUAACACGAUGCAGCAGAUUUGGGGAUGGUUCACUGACAUAGGGCUCUUUAUGAGUGGACUCAUGGGAUUUUAUGCUGUUUUUAGAAUAAUCAAAUACGCUUUGGGAGUGGUAUUGAAUGGAAUUCAUAUUUACCAGACAGUAGGAUGCGGAGUAAUGAUACUGGCCAGUCUAUGGAAUACCUUAACUAUGUGGGUAUCCCACAGAUACCAGAAAGUAGUAGCACAGGACAUAACCGAACCAAGAAGGGACGAAGAAGCCUACCUAGAGGAAGCAGAUGUACCCCAGAGACUGUAUCCUCGAGUACCCCACUCACAACACUGGACCGACGAGUCCAACCAGGAAACCCAAGGAGCGAGCCAGGCCUUGCGAACCGACUUGCCGUAAAUCUAAGUGAGACAUCGUGUCGCGGUCCGAAUCUGAGUUAAGACGAACCCAGACAUAAACUUUUGCACUCUAAUUUCAUGAACUGUGUAGUAGCGGGGUCGCUCGCAAGUACAAGGCGAGCUGACCAUUACGACCGAGAUCGUUGCAACCACGACAUUACUGUACCCACGUAUGGAUCGGGCCGUAUCCAGUAGCAGAGUAGCAGCAAGUCCUGGGCCGUCAAGGACUGAGUAAAAAAGUUACUUCUCACAUCACACAGCACCACACCAUACCACAGCAGGCAACGGAGCCUCACUGAUAGCUGCAGUGCGCGGGUUUAAACGCGAAACUUUUGUCCGCCGACAAUUUAGUCGAAACCUUUUGUUAGGCUUAAGAUGAAUGAACCCUUAUUUUGAACUUGAUAUUGUAGAUUUAGUUAUUUGAAAAGUUAUGGCACUGUAUGCCCAGAACUUUUACGAAGGGGGAAGUGGUGUAAUAAUUGCCAUUAUAAGGGAAAUGGAGAAGGUUAAUUUAAUUUCUUGAAAAUAAGAAUUCAUUUGUGAACAGCAUCUCUCUGCCGGGUCAGUUCAAUAUUUAGAUAAGCAUUUUCGCGAUUACAUUUUAACGGUCACA